GAAAGGGGCAGGAGCAGGAUAGGAUGGGAUGGGAUGGGAUGGGAGUUGGAUGCUCACGUACACGCACACGCACACGCACACGCAACACGCAACACAACCCAACGCGCAAUAAUAAUAAUACGCAAACAUGACAUGCAACAAUGCACACGCCCUACGAGUACACUACACUCCUACUCGGUCGGUACCGAGUCCUCACCUACCUACCUACUCAUCUAUUAUUGCUCACGCCCACAGCUCACGCGCCUCCGCGUCCUAUCUCCGUCCCUUUUCUCUCGUCAGUAAUUGGUGCUGGCGCGAGGGGGGCUUUCUCUCUCUGGCUAAUGAUUGUCUGGGUUGCUUGCUUGCUUACAUACUAGUUCAAGUACACUGCAGACCCUACAGACUUACUACUGUAGGUAGAUACCCAGCUACCUGGAUACCUCCCCAGUAAUUAGGUGAUGG